UAACCUGGAAUAAUUUAGCUAUCCCAGAUACCCACUGUUCCAGAGAGCUAGAAGAAGGUUACCAGUGUCCAGCAGGAUUUAAGUGCAUGGACCUUGAAGAUCUGGGACUAAGCAGGCAAGAGCUGGGCUACAGUGGCUUUAAUGAGAUAGGCACAAGCAUAUUUACCGUUUAUGAAGCUGCUUCUCAAGAAGGCUGGGUGUUCCUUAUGUAUAGAGCAAUUGACAGUUUUCCCCGAUGGCGUUCAUACUUCUAUUUCAUCACCUUAAUUUUCUUUCUUGCCUGGCUUGUUAAGAACGUGUUCAUCGCUGUCAUCAUUGAAACAUUUGCUGAAAUAAGAGUGCAAUUCCAGCAGAUGUGGGGGUCCAGAAGCAGUACUACUUCAACAGCUACUACCCAGAUGUUUCAUGAAGAUGCUGCUGGAGGAUGGCAGCUAGUGGCUGUUGAUAUGAAUAAACCCCAGGGCAGAGCUCCAGCAUGUCUACAGAAAAUGAUGAGGUCAUCAAUAUUUCAUAUGUUCAUACUGAGCAUGGUGGCAGUAGAUGUCAUUGUCGCUGCUAGUAAUUACUACAAAGGAGAGACUUUCAAAAGACAGCAUGAUGAAUUUUACCUAGCUGAGGUUGCUUUUACAGUUCUCUUUGACUUAGAGGCUCUUCUGAAGAUCUGGUGCUUGGGCUUUACUGGAUAUAUCAGCUCAUCUCUUCACAAAUUUGAACUGCUGCUUGUAAUUGGUACUACUCUUCAUAUUUAUCCAGACCUCUACCAUUCCCAGUUUACAUAUUUUCAGGUGCUUAGGGUAGUUCGACUUAUAAAGAUUUCUCCUGCUUUGGAGGAUUUUGUGUAUAAGAUUUUUGGACCUGGAAAAAAACUUGGGAGCUUGGUUGUAUUCACUGCCAGCCUUUUAAUUGUAAUGUCAGCAAUCAGUUUACAGAUGUUCUGCUUUGUGGAAGAACUGGACAGAUUUACAACUUUUCCAAGGGCAUUCAUGUCAAUGUUCCAGAUCCUUACACAGGAAGGAUGGGUGGAUGUCAUGGAUCAGACUCUUAAUGCUGUAGGACAUAUGUGGGCACCUGUAGUUGCUAUUUACUUUAUACUUUAUCAUCUUUUUGCUACACUGAUUUUGCUCAGCUUGUUUGUUGCUGUUAUUUUGGACAACUUGGAACUUGAUGAAGAUCUAAAGAAGCUUAAACAACUAAAGCAAAGUGAAGCCAAUGCUGAUACUAAGGAAAAGCUUCCACUGCGUCUACGUAUAUUUGAAAAAUUUCCUAACAGGCCACAAAUGGUGAAAAUCUCCAAGCUUCCUUCAGAUUUUACAGUUCCAAAAAUAAGGGAAAGUUUUAUGAAGCAGUUUAUUGAUCGUCAGCAGCAGGAUACAAGCUGCUUAUUGCGAAGACUCCCUUCGGCAUCUUCUUCCUCAUGUGACCACUCCAAAAGAUCUGCAAUUGAAGAAAACAAGUAUAUUGACCAAAAGCUCCGUAAAUCUGUUUUCAGCAUCAGGGCAAGAAAUCUUCUGGAAAAGGAGACAGCAAUCAAUAAAAUCCUUAGGGCCUGCACUAGACAACGCAUGCUGAGUGGAUCCUUUGAGGGGCAACCUGCAAAGGAAAGGUCAAUACUUAGUGUCCAGCAUCAUAUACGGCAAGAGCGCAGGUCACUAAGACAUGGUUCCAACAGCCAGCGAAUCAGCAGGGGAAAAUCUCUUGAAACCUUGACUCAAGAUCAUUCUAAUACAGUGAGAUACAGAAACGCACAGAGAGAAGACAGUGAGAUCAAGAUGAUCCAGGAAAAAAAAGAACAAGCUGAAAUGAAAAGGAAAGUCCAAGAGGAGGAGUUGCGAGAGAAUCAUCCAUAUUUUGAUAAGCCACUUUUCAUAGUUGGUCGAGAACACAGAUUCAGGAACUUUUGUCGAGUAGUUGUGCGAGCUCGCUUUAACGCUUCUAAAACAGAUCCUGUUACCGGAGCUGUGAAAAAUACCAAAUACCAUCAGCUCUAUGAUUUGCUGGGAUUGGUUACUUACCUGGACUGGGUUAUGAUCAUUGUUACUAUAUGCUCCUGCAUUUCUAUGAUGUUUGAAUCCCCCUUUAGAAGAGUUAUGCGUGCUCCAACACUCCAGAUUGCUGAAUAUGUUUUUGUAAUAUUCAUGAGCAUUGAGCUUAAUCUGAAGAUUAUGGCAGAUGGCUUGUUUUUUACACCAACAGCUGUCAUAAGGGACUUUGGAGGAGUCAUGGAUAUAUUUAUAUAUCUUGUAAGUUUGAUAUUCCUUUGCUGGAUGCCUCAGAAUGUUCCUGCUAAAUCUGGAGCUCAGCUCUUAAUGAUACUACGAUGUCUCCGACCCCUUCGCAUUUUCAAACUGGUGCCGCAAAUGAGGAAAGUUGUACGAGAGCUGUUUAGUGGCUUCAAGGAAAUCUUCUUGGUGUCCAUUCUUUUGCUGACAUUAAUGCUUGUUUUUGCAAGCUUUGGAGUUCAGCUUUUUGCUGGGAAACUGGCCAAGUGCAAUGAUCCACACAUCAUCGCAAGGGAAGAUUGUCAUGGCAUCUUCAGAAUAAAUGUAAGUGUUUCAAAAAAUCUGAAUUUAAAGCUAAGACCUGGAGAGAAAAAGCCUGGAUUUUGGGUGCCACGAGUCUGGGCAAAUCCUCGCAAUUUUAAUUUUGACAAUGUGGGAAAUGCCAUGUUGGCACUAUUUGAAGUUCUUUCAUUAAAAGGCUGGGUGGAAGUCAGAGAUGUCAUUAUUCAUCGCGUGGGGCCGAUCCAUGGAAUCUAUAUUCAUGUCUUUGUGUUCCUGGGCUGCAUGAUUGGAUUGACCCUUUUUGUUGGAGUUGUCAUUGCUAAUUUCAAUGAAAAUAAGGGUACAGCUUUACUGACUGUAGAUCAGAGACGGUGGGAAGAUCUAAAGAGCAGACUGAAGAUAGCUCAACCUCUUCAUCUCCCACCUCGUCCGGAUAACGAUGGCUUUAGAGCCAAAAUGUAUGAUAUAACGCAGCAUCCGUUUUUUAAGAGGACUAUUGCUGUGCUUGUUCUGGCCCAGUCUGUCUUGCUCUCAGUGAAGUGGGAUGUCGAAGAUCCAGUGACUGUUCCUUUAGCAACAAUGUCUGUUGUUUUCACCUUCAUUUUUGUCCUAGAGGUCACUAUGAAGAUUAUUGCCAUGUCACCUGCUGGCUUCUGGCAAAGCAGAAGAAAUCGAUAUGACCUUUUGGUGACCUCCCUUGGUGUUAUAUGGGUGAUACUUCACUUUGCCUUACUAAAUGCAUACACAUAUAUGAUGGGUGCAUGUGUAAUUGUCUUCAGGUUCUUCUCAAUUUGUGGGAAACAUGUGACACUGAAAAUGCUGCUGCUGACUGUGGUUGUCAGCAUGUAUAAGAGUUUCUUCAUCAUUGUGGGAAUGUUCUUACUGCUUCUUUGUUAUGCUUUUGCUGGAGUAGUUUUAUUUGGCACAGUGAAAUAUGGAGAGAACAUUAACAGGCAUGCAAACUUUUCAUCAGCUGGCAAGGCCAUUACUGUACUCUUCAGAAUAGUUACUGGGGAAGACUGGAACAAGAUUAUGCAUGACUGCAUGGUUCAGCCUCCUUUUUGUACUCCAGAUAACAGCACAUACUGGAGGACAGAUUGUGGAAAUUAUGCUGGUGCUCUGAUGUAUUUCUGUUCCUUUUAUGUCAUCAUUGCAUACAUAAUGCUAAAUUUGCUUGUAGCGAUCAUUGUGGAGAAUUUCUCAUUGUUUUACUCCACCGAAGAAGACCAACUUUUAAGCUAUAAUGAUCUUAGACAUUUUCAAAUUAUAUGGAACAUGGUUGAUGACAAAAGAGAGGGGGUAAUCCCUACCUUCCGUGUGAAGUUUCUGCUGAGGUUGCUGCGUGGGAGGUUGGAGGUAGAUCUUGACAAGGACAAACUUUUGUUCAAGCACAUGUGCUAUGAAAUGGAGAGGCUGCAUAAUGGUGGAGAUGUCACAUUCCAUGACGUAUUGAGCAUGCUGUCAUAUAGGUCUGUUGAUAUCAGGAAAAGCCUUCAACUGGAAGAGCUUCUUGCCAGGGAACAACUGGAGUAUACAAUAGAAGAAGAAGUGGCCAAACAAACCAUACGCAUGUGGCUGAAGAAAUGCUUAAAGCGUAUCCGAGCAAAACAGCAGCAGUCAUGUAGCAUUAUCCAUAGUCUACGAGAGAGUCAACAGCAGGAGUUGAGCCGAUUUCUGAAUCCACCCAGCAUUGAGACAACACAGCCAAGUGAAGAUAUGAAUACUAAUAAUCAAGAUAACAAUGCACAGCCAGAGACGAGUAGCCAGCAGCAGCUCCUUAGUCCAACACUUUCUGACAGGGGCGGGUAUCGGCAGGACUCUACAGAUGGUGGGAAGCCUCAACGGAAAUUCGGACAAUGGCGUUUACCUUCAGCCCCCAAACCAAUAAGCCAUUCAGUGUCUUCAGUCAAUCUGCGGUUUGGUGGUCGCACAACUAUGAAAUCUGUUGUAUGCAAGAUGAAUCCUAUGUCAGAUGCUGCUUCUUGUGGAUCAGAAGUGAAGAAAUGGUGGACAAGACAACUAACUGUGGAAAGUGAUGAAAGUGGGGAGGAUCUUCUUGACAUCUGACCAAGAAAAGAGGCUAACUUAAGUCAUAUUGCAACAACAGCCAUUUCAAAUAAAAACAAUUUUCUUGGGUUUUGAAUUGAAUGAGAUAAAUUGAUGUAUGAUUUAUUUAAAACUAAUGCCAUAGGAUUUUUCAACUGCUUUAUCUUUUUGCCAUAUAAAACAUAAUACAGAUCUGUAUGUUAGAUUUCAGCUCUAUUGUGAUGAUUACUGUAUGUUAGGAAGACUCUAUAUUAUGGCAGUAUUGACGACGCCACAGAGUCUCUAUUGUCUUUAGCAUAGAUGGAGCGUUGAAAGAUUUCAUACAUUCUGUAGCUGUAACAAAAAUUUGUAUUCAGGUAUACACUUCUGCAUUUUUCCAUCCUGUACCAUACCUGAAAAUGGCCAGCACAUUACUGUACAGCAUUUCUUUUCUUUUUCUUUUCCCUCGGUUCUAUUCUAGUAAUAUUUCUCUAGAAAGAUUUUAUUAUUCAUGAAUGACCUAAAGAGGUCAGCACUGAGUUCAUGGUAAGGGACAGUAUUUUUACAAAGUACAGAUUCUGAAUUUCAAGUCUAGUCUUUUUCUUGUAAUUUUCUUAAAUAUGCAAAUACAAUAUAGCUGAUUUUAAAAUCAGAAAAUGAUGGAUUGGCUUUUACAAAUUGGAAUUUUUUCUUCUGGUUAAUUAUGUAAAGAGUUCCAUUUUCAUAAGAAAUCAGCCAAAAAAAUUACAUGGUUUAAGAAUUUGCAAAAGCAUCUACACAUGGUGUGUUUCAUUAAUGACCUGGAAAACAAAAAUAAAUCCUACAUAAAGUGGAAACUCGGAUGGAUUGCUAAAGAGGAGUACAAAAGAAUUGCAAAACCAGAAAGCCUAAGGGACAAAACUAGUUACACCUAGUAAGGGACAAAAGCAGCAAUAAGAAGAGGUUCUUUAAAUACCUUAAGACCAUGAGAAAAACAUAGGAAAGUGUAGGUCCUCUACCUAGUGAGGAAGGAGAGCUCAUGAUAUCAAGAAGCUGCAAUGUUUGAUGCCUAUAAUGCUUCAGUCUUCACUAAAAAGAUUAAUGGUGACCAGAUACUUAAUACAAUUAAUAUUCUAACAAGGGGGAAG